UUCGCGUUGCGCGUGAAAAUGAUGAACAUGAUAUGCUCGAUAGAAUUAGCUGUCCAUCCAAAUCAUUUAGCUAAGCUACUGCAUCUUUCGAAGCAUUAGUCAACCAACGACAAAGUGGAAACGUUAUAACUAGCGGUAGUUGGAGGCUUAAUAUUUUUUGUGUGUUACGAACGGCUCAGUGAGCGAGUGGUAUUACUAUAUCUGGUUGGAAGCCCGCGCAAAAAUAUACCCUGCAAAUUCAGAUGAUCGCAAUGUCCUCAGUUGCAGACAAAGGUGACACUGAUGCACGUACAAUACUAAAAAAGGUUGUACCCACACUCCGUUACGAGUACCUUGUGGCUGGCGUCAUUGGCGGAGUCCUCAGUACGUUUGUAGUUCACCCAUUCGAUUUGCUCAAAAUUCGAUUAAGCGUUAACGACCGCAAAGAGGGACGACCAUUGUACCGGGGACUUCGACACGCGGCGCAAGUUAUUUGGCAUGCGGAAAAUAUCAGAGGAUUCUACCGGGGAGUUACUGCAAACUGUAUUGGUAGUGGCUCAGCAUGGGGACUCUAUUUUGUGUUCUACAAUGCUACCAAGUCGUGGAUGAGUGACGGUGAUAGCAGCACCCACCUCGGCCCGGUCAAGCAUAUGCAGGCCGCUAUCCAAUCUGGUAUGCUGACACUGCUGUUCACCAAUCCCGUAUUUGUUGUCAAAACUCGAAUGUGUCUACGAUACGGAAAGGUUGAUGACGAAUAUGGAAGUUUGCUGCGCUCUAUCAAAUCCUUAUACCGAACCAAUGGAAUUCUGGGGUUUUAUAAAGGAUUUAUACCGGGCCUCAUUGGAACGAGUCAUGGCGCCGUGCAGUUUAUGGUCUACGAGGAGAUGAAGAAAUGGAUGGGCAAGAAGGAGCGAUUAUCUAAUGCGGAAUAUCUCAUCUCAUCAUCCGUGUCAAAGGCCAUUGCUGUUGUGUGCACUUAUCCGUACCAGGUCGUGCGAGCUAGAUUACAAGACCAGCAUCGCAUCUAUUCUGGUAAUCUCGAUGUUAUACAAACCACGUAUAAACACGAAGGCAUGUCGGGUUUUUAUAAGGGUCUUAUGCCGAACAUUCUUCGAGUAACGCCGGCAGCUGCUGUAACUUUUCUUGUCUAUGAGAACGUAGUCGCCUUAUUAAUGGGACCGUCAGUCGUAAAGUAAUUCGCAACUGCAAUUCUUAGUACCAUCAUCAGUGGCACCAGGCUAGCAGGUCUUACCAUGAUGUUCACUUGUUACAGACUCAUUCAGUUAACCCCAACCUAUGGUGCCCCACAUCGCACUGAGUGGAAAAGCAGCUUACCUUGGUGAAUUAUUUAGACUCAGUUCAGUUUGAAAAUGCAUCCCCAGGGGGCUUUCAACUAACCUGAAAGUAAGCUGGAACGAAGAAGCAGCAGCUUACUGAAUGUAGAGCCUGCAACUUUAGUCUGUCCCAAUCAUUAAGUAAUUGUUUAUUUUAGGAGUGGUAGUGGUAGCGAUGAUGCUUCAGAAGUACGUAAUGAGGUCAAGAUUUCCAAAAAUGGGGGCGUUGCUUAAUGAACGGUUACUACAAGGAUUAAUGAGGUGUUUCACUAUAGUUUUUAUAAGAUAUAGUUAAUGUAAAAAUAUCAUUUCAUUAUAUAUAUAUAUAUA